AGUAUUCAGAGUUCAGACUCCAUGUUGAUGUGGACGGAGCAGCAGAGGAAACCAGAUUCAAAGAUGGUGGGUGUUUCUGGUUCAUGUUUCUGAAUGACUGAAGUCCAGAAGAUGGAUGAUUGUGUGGAGGAAGAGGAGGAGAGACCAGAGUCUCCAGGAUCCAUCAGUGUCUCUAUGAAGAGUGACAUGUCCAAUGAAAAACCUCCAGACUUCAGUGAAGAACCUGGACCUUCAGACACAAACAAUCAGCCUCAAACACAUGACGAUGUGACGUCUGAGGACCAGGAUGACUCCAGGGAAGGGAUGAUCUCCAGGAGUGACAGCUAUACUGUAAAAAUGUGGUUGAAGGGCACUUUGAAGAAUUUGGACUCCAGUGGGCUGAAGGAAUUCCACUGGUACCUGAAUAAUGCAGAUCAAUCAAAGGUUGGUUUCAAACCGAUUGAACUGUGUUAUCUUGAAAAGGCGGACAGAUUGGACACAGUAAAUCUGAUGAUGCAGCGGUUCUCCUCAAAGACCAGAGAGGUGGCCGAGACGAUUUUAAAGAUGAUGAAAAGUGAUAAAGAAAAACCUGUUGUCCAGGACGAUCCAGUCUCUCCAGCUGGUGCAACAGAUACGCCAGUUGAAGUUUGUAAAAAGUUGAAGUGUAAGCUGCAGAAGAAGUACCAGCAUGUGUCUGAGGGGAUUGCUAAAGCAGGAGAGAAAACCCUUCUGGAGCAGAUCUACACAGAGCUCUACAUCACAGAGGGAGGGACCGGAGAGGUCAACGAAGAACAUGAAGUCAGACAGAUUGAAGCAGCUUCCAGGAAACCAGACAGAGCAGAAACAGCCAUCAGACAGGAAGACAUCUUUAAACCCCCACCUGGAACAGAUGAACGAAUCAGAACGGUGAUGACGAAGGGAGUGGCCGGCAUCGGGAAAACAGUCCUAACACAGAAGUUCAGUCUGGACUGGGCUGAAGGCAGAACCAACCAGGACAUCCAGUUCCUGCUUCCAUUCACCUUCAGACAGCUGAAUGGACUGAAAGAGAAAAAGUUCAGCUUGGUGGAACUUGUUCAUCGAUUCUUCACUGAAACCAGAGGAAUCUGCAACUUUGAAGAGUUCCAGGUCGUGUUCAUCUUUGACGGUCUGGAUGAGAGUCGACUUCCUCUGGACUUCCACAACAAUGAGUUCAUGACUGAUGUUACAGAGUCCACCUCACUGGAUGUGCUGCUGACAAACCUCAUCAUGGGGAACCUGCUUCCUUCUGCUCGUCUCUGGAUCACCACACGGCCCGCAGCAGCCAAUCAGAUCCCUCCUGAGUGUGUUGACAUGGGGACGGAGGUCAGAGGGUUCACUGACACACAGAAGGAGGAAUACUUCAGGAAGAGGUUCAGAGAUGAGGAGCAGACCAGCAGGAUCAUCUCCCACAUCAAGACAUCACGGAGCCUCCACAUCAUGUGCCACAUCCCAGUCUUCUGCUGGAUCACUGCUACGGUCCUGGAGAACGUCCUGGAGAACGUCCUGGAGAACGUCCUGGAAACCAGAGAGGGAGGGGGGCUGCCCAAAACCCUGACUGAGAUGUAUAUCUACUUCCUGGUGGUCCAGGCCAAACUGAAGAAGGCCAAGUAUGACGGAGGAACUGUGACGGAUCCACACUGGAGUCCAGAGAGCAGGAAGAUGGUGGAGUCUCUGGGAAAACUGGCUUUUGAGCAGCUGCAGAAAGGAAACCUGAUCUUCUAUGAACCAGACCUGAGAGAGUGUGGCAUCGAUGUCAGAGAGGCUUCAGUGUACUCAGGAGUGUUCACCCAGAUCUUUAGAGAGGAGAGCAGCCUGUACGAGGACCAGGUCUUCUGCUUCAUCCAUCUGAGUGUCCAGGAGUUUCUGGCUGCUCUUCAUGUCCAUCUGACCUUCAUCAAGUCUGGAGUCAACCUGCUAGAACAAAAGAACAUAUUCUGGCGGUUUAAAAAAAGAGCCGUGACUAAGCUCCAUCAGAGUGCUGUGGACAAGGCCUUACAGAGUCCCAACGGACACCUGGACUUGUUCCUGCGCUUCCUCCUGGGUCUUUCACUGGAGACCAAUCAGAACCUCCUACGAGGUCUGCUGGAACCAGAACAAAGAAGAUCACAGAACAAUCAGGAAACAGUUAAAUACAUCAAGAAGAAGAUCAGUGGGGAUCUGUCUGCAGAGAGAAGCAUCAACCUGUUCCACUGUCUGAAUGAACUGAACGAUCGGUCUCUGGUGGAGGAGGUCCAACGGUACCUGGGGUCAGGACCUCUCUCCACAGAUCAUCUGUCUCCUGCUCAGUGGUCGGCUCUGGUCUUCAUCUUACUGUCAUCAGAAGAAGAUCUGGAGGAGUUUGACCUGCAGAAGUUCUCGCGUUCAGAGGAGACUCUACGGAAGCUGCUGCCGGUGGUCAAAGCCUCCAAGAAAGCUGUCUUGAGGGGCUGUAACCUCUCAGAGGACAUCUGUCCACUUCUGUCCUCAGUUCUCAGCUCUCAGUCCUCCAGUCUGACAGAACUGGACCUGAGUCUCAACGACCUGCAGGAUUCUGGACUGGAGCAGCUGUGUCCUGGACUGGAGAGUCCACACUGUCACCUGGAGUCUCUCAGGUUGUUUGACUGCAGUCUGUCAGAGAUCAGCUGUUCUUCUCUGGUCUCAGCUCUGAAGUCCAACCCCUCCCACCUGAAACAUCUGGACCUGAGUAUCAACAACCUGCAGGAUUCAGGAGUGAAACAUCUGAGUGGAUUUCUGGAGAGUCCAGACUGCAGACUGGAGACUCUGAGUUUGCAGAGCUGCGGUCUGUCAGAGAUCAGCUGUUCUUCUCUGGUCUCAGCUCUGAAGUCCAACCCCUCCCACCUGAAACUUCUGGACCUGAGUCACAACGAGAACCUGGAGGAUUCAGGAGUGAAACAUCUGAGUGGAUUUCUGGAGAGUCCAGACUGCAGACUGGAGACUCUGAGAUUGGGGUGGUGCUGGUUGUCAGAGAUCAGCUGUUCUUCUUUGGUCUCAGCUCUGAAGUCCAACCCCUCCCAUCUGAAACAUCUGGACCUGAGCUGGAACGACCUGCAGGCUGCAGAUAUGAAGCAGCUUUCUGAUCUGGUGGAGAGUCCAGACUACCAGCUGAAGACUCUCAGGUGGAGAUAUGAUUAGAGAGUCCAGGACGGAUGUGUCGUGUCCUGAUCGUCCUCAGAGUUGAAGCAGCACCAGUUUGUGUGGACAGACUCUGACUGGGCCGUGAUGAAGAUGAUGAUGAAGAUGAAGAUGAAGAUGUACAUAGUUUCUGAAUUCCAGCAUUCUACAAACUUCUCAUAUAUUCAUGUAUUUCAUGUUAAGUAAAAAAGCCUUUAUUGCUAUUAUAUUCUUGUUAAAAUCCAGUACAUCAAAAUGUAGCAUUUAAUUAGGGCCCGAGCACUGACAGUGCGAAGGCCCUAUUGUAUCUGUAGGAAUUUAUUUUUUAUUUUUCCGACGAAAUUAGGGUCUUUUUUCCCCCUAAACGUGCCCUAAAAGUCACCAAAUUUUGCACCAAGCCAGACGUUGUGAAAAAUGUGAUUUUUAAUGGUUUGCAUUAAUGGGCGUGGCCUAACGGCUCAACAGCGCCCCCUAGAAAACUUUGUGCCUCAAGCCCCACAAUACGGUUUGACGUACAUGCACGAAAAUCGGUACACACCUGUAUCAUGUCACAACUUAAAGAAAAGUCUCUUGGAGCCAUGGCCCAAACCCAACAGGAAGUCGGCCAUUUUGAAUUAAUUGUGUAAUUUUGGCAAAAUUUAUGCCAUUCCCUCGGCCGUUAAUACGUGCAUCCAGGUGUGUUAUACAUCAAAAAAUGCGUCUCAAUCCUGCGACGCAUUACCUUUCCCAGUCAAAAGCGUUACCGUGGCGACGAUAGAUGCCAAAAAGCGCGCCUCCCCUUCAUCUGAUUGGUCCAUAUCUGAUAGUUCCUACUUUCUGCCAUAACUUUUGAAUGGUUUGUAUAGAGAGUCGUGGGUUGUUUCAUCCGCUAAAUGUCCAGGCCUGAAGAAUCUACAUGCAAGUCAUACAAGCUUCCACUGCAGCCUGAACCUGCACAAGGGUGGAGGGCCCGUUCAUCACUUCUUGCAGCUUUAACUUGAACUUGAGGUUAAUUCGACAAGCAAGCACUUUGUCUAAAGUCUGGAUGAGUUCUAGUACGGAGGUGCCUACUACUAAAGUACUGACAGAUAAAUGUCUACGCUGCCACGGCAGAGCUGCUCAGCUAGCAGCCGCCUCCUCCACCGAGUCACGUGGCUCCCCCGGUGUUUUCUUUUUAUUUACAUGUUUCCGUUUCCUUCCAAGUUUUCCUUUUGUUGUUGUCGUGUUUUCAGCUUCGUCAGGUUUUUAAAGUUUCUCUCUGCAUCACUGAUGAAGAGAGAGAGUGAAAAUAACAGCGUUUGUUCAUGAAACACGAAACACAAAUGAACUUGACUUGGUCAAUUAAUGUUCCUCAGAGUUUGUUCCAGUAAAUAUUGUAAAUGUUUUCUGGAUAUUAAGAUGAUUUUUUACACUUCAAAGAAAGUCAAAAUUCUUCAGUAAAACUUGGAUCUUUUCUCUUGUUCACUUUACUGUGGUUAAUAAGUGUUUGUCUGUGAUUAGUCUCAGUACCAGGAGCAGCACUGACCAUCACAAGGAACUUUUUACUCUCUUGUUCACCAUCAGCACAAAUCUGACUUUUAUUUCAUAAGAGAGAUCAUUUCACACUCUCUUUCUUUUAUUUAUUAUAAUACUGACAUAGAUUACACUCUCAUUUUAUCACAAACUGCACAAAACACUUGAAUAUGCGUCAGAUAUGAAGAAAGAACCCAAAAAGUUUAAAGCAGCACUAUGUAACUUUUCCAGCUUAAUCUAAUCAUCAUUCAUCAUCAUCAUUGUGAUGGAACAUCAACUUUCAACAGGUUUAAUGAACCUCUGUCAUGGUCUGAGGGGUCUGUAUCGCCUUCACUGGCACUAUGUAACUUUGAGGAGCAUGGUAGGAACCCUGCCUCACUAAAAAACUACACUUUUUUACGGCUUUGACUGCUUUACGGCAUACCUCACUUCCCCCUCCUUCCUGAUUCGUAGUCCAGAUGAAAGCUGGGCGGGGCGUGGAGCGCAGAGCUCAGCAGAAGCUGGUGUCACGGCCGAAGCAGCGGAAAAACACAAGAGGCAGGUGGAAGCAGCAACGGGAUGACCGGGGUGGGGACUGCAGGCAGGUGGAAGCAGCA